AUGGACAGGAUACACCAGCAAGUGGACUUGUUGUCUACGCCUCACAUCACGCCUGUCAUCUCUUCUUCCUCGCUCUUCCGUCCGUUCAACUUCGGAUCCCAUGAGCGACUUGCCCUAGAGCCCAAGGCCUCCUCUGUCCGCGCCAUACAACGACAUAAACCUAGGCAUGCCAUCACCUCUUCCAACAAGAACAGCCUGAACCGCAACCACUCCGAUACUCAGCCCGCCCUAGCCGGCAAUAUCUUCUUUUUCUCACACCAGACCCUCUCUUCAUGUAAGCCUCUCACCUGCGGCGGAGACAGGUCCGAGACUGACCUCACCAUUCAGCGUCUGGCCUCAUUGUCGCCGAACAUGUGUGACUUCACCAAGAACUACUACAUUUACACGUCAUGCAUCGACCCUGGCGCCCACUUCUUCAGAACCUCAGUGGACGGCAAUCGGAAUCGGACAUGUGGCAAGGGGCCCCAUGAGCGUUACAUUGUCGUCCCCGGCCACUGCCCGCUCUGCGGUGGCUAG